CCUCGGCUGGCAUCACGUGGUGCGCCGGCCAUCCACCCCGCCCGGUCCUCCACGGCCGCCCCGCCCCACCCCGCCCCUUUCCCGGCGGGACGCUGGGAGCCGCCCCAAAGUACGCCAAGCCGCCAGGAGCUGUGUUUCUAUACCACUGUGGACUUUGGGACAUUGUGACCACCCUGAAAGAUAACCUGUUCUAAUUUAAGGAAGUAUAACUCAUGGGAUUAUGUGGUAAAUGAUCUUGGCGUGGAAUAGAAUUAAAGAAUGAUGGCUUCCUUCCAGCGCUCCAAUAGUCAUGACAAAGUGAGAAGAAUUGUUGCUGAGGAGGGUCGCACAGCAAGAAACCUGAUAGCUUGGAGUGUUCCACUAGAAAGUAAAGAUGAUGAUGGAAAACCUAAAUGUCAAACUGGUGGAAAAUCUAAGCGGACAAUUCAAGGCAUUCAUAAAACUACUAAACAGAAUACUGCAGUAGAAUGUAAAAUAACACCCACAACUGGAGAGAAACAUUUUGAUAAAAGUCCUACAAAAACAAGGCACCCACGGAAAAUUGACCUAAGAGCUCGCUACUGGGCAUUUCUUUUUGACAAUCUUCGCCGGGCAGUAGAUGAAAUCUAUGUGACUUGUGAAUCAGAUCAGAGUGUGGUCGAAUGUAAGGAGGUGUUAAUGAUGCUGGAUUACUAUGUGAGAGAUUUCAAAGCAUUGAUUGACUGGAUUCAACUUCAGGAAAAGUUAGAGAAGACAGAUGCUCAAAGCAGACCAACCUCACUGGCAUGGGAAGUAAAGAAGAUGUCUCCAGGACGUCAUGUGAUUCAAAGCCCAUCAGCAGAUAGAAUGAAUGUAACAUCAACUGCAAGAAGAAGCUUAAACUUUGGGAGUUUACCUGGUGCAGUAACUGCCCCAUGUCUGGCUCCGACAGGUGUCAGUUGGGCUGACAAGGUAAAGGCUCAUCACACUGGUUCUACCACUUCUGAGGCAAUACCUGCUCAACCCUGUGCACCAAUGACAGUGCAAAAGACUUCCCGGAAAAAUGAACGGAAAGAUGCUGAGGGUUGGGAGACUGUUCAGAGAGGUCGGCCAGUGCGUUCCCGAUCGACAGCAGUGAUGCCAAAAGUUUCACUGGUGACAGACUCCUUAAGGUCAAAGGAUGACAGUGAUAAAGAAAACGUAUGCCUUUUACCUGAAGAAAGCAUACAGAAAGGGAAAGUUGAAGACAGAUGUUCUACUGUUGAAUUGCUAUCCAAAGAAUCACUACACUCUUCUGACCUUCCUCUUUCUGAGAGAACUCAGUUCACAGUGAGUAUAUUGGAUGAUGUCAAGAAUUCUGGUAGUAGUCAAGACAAUUCAGUGCAUACUUCUGAAAUACCAGCUAUUCACAGUGAUGCAGUAUGUGUUGCUGUUACUCCACAAAACACCACAGAUUUGCCCACAGACAAAGACAGAGUUCCAGCGGAGACAGCAGGAAUGGUGACUGAGACCACGGACCCUUCAGACAUUUCAAAUGUGAGUGCUGCUGACUGGUCUAUGGCAGAAGUGCUCGCUAAAAAAGAAGAGCUAGCAGAUCGUCUAGAAAAGGCCAAUGAAGAAGCCAUCGCCAGUGCUAUUGCUGAAGAAGAACAGUUAACCAGAGAAAUUGAAGCUGAAGAAAACAAUGACAUUAACAUCGAGACUGACAACGACAGUGAUUUUUCUGCCAGUAUGGGCAGUGGGAGUCUAUCUUUCUGUGGUAUGUCUCUGGACUGGAAUGAUGUUCUCGCAGAUUAUGAAGCUCGUGAAUCGUGGCGUCAGAACACAUCCUGGGGAGAUAUUGUAGAAGAGGAGCCUGCUAGACUUCCAGGGCAUGGAAUUCACAUGCAUGAAAAGCUUUCUUCACCGUCUCGUAAAAGGACAAUCGCAGAAUCUAAGAAGAAGUAUGAAGAAAAACACAUGAAAGCUCAACAAUUAAGGGAAAAGCUACGCGAAGAGAAGACACUAAAGCUUCAAAAGUUGUUAGAAAGGGAGAAAGAUGUCCGAAAGUGGAAGGAAGAAUUACUUGAUCAACGCCGUAGGAUGAUGGAAGAGAAAUUACUUCAUGCUGAAUUUAAACGAGAGGUACAGCUACAGGCUAUUGUGAAGAAGGCUCAAGAGGAAGAAGCUAAGGUAAAUGAGAUUGCCUUCAUAAAUACCCUUGAAGCUCAGAAUAAACGUCAUGAUGUUUUAUCAAAACUGAAGGAAUAUGAGCAGAGACUUAAUGAAUUGCAGGAAGAACGUCAGAGAAGACAAGAAGAAAAGCAAGCUCGUGAUGAGGCUGUGCAGGAACGUAAGAGAGCCUUGGAGGCAGAACGGCAGGCCCGUGUAGAGGAAUUAUUGAUGAAGAGGAAAGAACAAGAAGCCCGAAUUGAGCAACAGAGGCAAGAGAAGGAGAAAGCACGUGAAGAUGCAGCCCGGGAAAGAGCAAGAGACAGGGAAGAACGGUUGGCAGCACUCACAGCAGCUCAGCAAGAAGCUAUGGAAGAGCUGCAGAAAAAAAUUCAGCUCAAGCAUGAUGAAAGCAUUCGAAGGCACAUGGAACAGAUUGAGCAAAGGAAAGAAAAAGCUGCCGAGUUAAGCAGUGGGCGGCAUGCAAGCACUGAUUAUGCCCCCAAACUGACCCCUUAUGAAAGAAAGAAGCAGUGUUCUCUCUGCAAUGUCCUGAUUGCAUCUGAAGUGUAUCUCUUUAGCCACAUUAAAGGGAAAAAACAUCAGCAAGCUGUGAGAGAGAAUAGCAGUAUCCAGGGGCGUGAACUUUCAGAUGAGGAAGUGGAACAUCUGUCUUUGAAGAAGUAUGUUGUUGACAUUGUGAUUGAAAGUGCAGCUCCACCAGAGCCUGUGAAAGAUGGAGAAGAACGUCAGAAGAAUAAGAAAAAAGCUAAAAAGAUAAAAGCACGGAUGAAUACCAGGGCUAAAGAAUAUGAGAACUUAGUGGAAACCAAAAAUUCUGGCUCUGAGUCACCUUAUAAAGCAAAGCUUCAGAGAUUAGCCAAAGAUCUUGUAAAACAACUUCAAGUACAAGACAGUGGCUCUUGGGUAAAUAAUAAGGCUUCAGCUUUGGAUCGGACCCUUGGUGAGAUUGCUCGGAUACUGGAGAAAGAGAAUAUGGCAGAUCAGAUUGCAUUUCAAGUUGCUGGUGGAUUAACAGCCGUUGAAAACAUCCUUCAAGUAAUGGCCCCAGCCACAAAUAUGAACACAGUUUCACGAAUUCCUCCUAAGUCUCUCUGCAAUGCAAUCAAUGUUUACAACCUCACCUGCAAUAACUGUUCAGAAAACUGCACUGAUGUUCUGUUUAGUAACAAGAUUACCUUUUUAAUGGAUCUCCUGAUACACCAAUUGACGGUCUAUGUUCCAGAUGAAAAUAAUUCUGUUUUGGGAAGAAAUACAAAUAAACAAGUUUUUGAAGGCUUGACAACUGGACUUCUCAGAGCUGGUGCUGCGGUUUUUAGCUGUCUGAUUGCCAACCGACCAGAUGGAAACAGCCGGCCAGCUACACCAAAAAUAUCAACCCAGGAAAUGAAAAACAAACCCUCACAAGGUGAUGCUUUUGACAGUCGAGUGCAAGACCUUAUCAGCUAUGUGGUCAGCAUGGGUCUGAUUGACAGACUGCAUGGCUGCUUCCUCUCAGUGCAAGGUCCGGUGGAUGAGAAUCCCAAGAUGGCCACAUUUCUGCAGCAUGCUGCAGGAUUCCUACGUGGGAUAUGUAUGCUAUGCUUUGCUGUCACUGGAAGGUCCUCCAGCAUAUUUGACAAUAAUCACCAGGAUCCCACAGGGCUGAUAGCUGCUCUUCAGGCCACAGACUUGGCUGGAGUUCUGCACAUGCUCUACUGUAUCCUCUUCCACGGCACCAUCUCAGAUGCCGGCACUAGUCCCAAGGAGAGUUACACCCAGAACACCAUCCAAGUAGCCAUUCAGAGUUUACGUUUCUUCAACAGCUUUGCAGUUCUUGAUUUGUCUGCUUUUCAGUCUGUUGUAGGAGCAGAGGGCUUAUCCCUUGCAUUCCGGCACAUGGCUAGCUCCUUGCUGGGCCACUGCAGCCAAGUCUCCUGUGAAAGCCUCCUCCAUGAGGUCAUCGUCUGUGUGGGCUACUUCACUGUCAACCACCCAGAUAACCAGGUGAUUGUUCAGUCAGGCCGCCACCCAACAGUGCUGCAGAAGCUCUGCCAGCUGCCUUUCCAGUAUUUCAGUGACCCGAGGCUCAUCAAAGUGCUGUUCCCUUCGCUUAUCGCUGCGUGUCACAACAACCAUCAGAACAAGCUCAUUCUGGAGCAAGAGAUGAGCUGUGUUUUACUGGCCACAUUCAUCCAGGACUUUGCACAGACUCCGGGUCAUGUGGAUAACCAGUCUUCGCAUCCCAAAGGAAAAUUCGGGAACCCUGGGGACUACCUAGAGCUGGCUAACAGAUUUCCUCAGCAGGCCUGGGAAGAAGCCCGGCAAUUUUUCUUGAAAAAAGAAAAAAAAUAAAUGUUUUUUUAGCUAAUUCUAUAUUUGAGUACCUUUGUUAGUGUUUUCCAUUGUCCUUAAGGAACCUCUGGUCUGUUUUACACUCUCCUGCUGUAGAUAUGCUCCUCUUUGCAUUGUUUGUAAAGACUGUAUAUACUGGACUGUCCUUCCUAAUUUUGCAAAUUGAGUUUGUUUCAUUUGUGCAUAAUAUAUUGGAGUUUGUUUAUUUCCAUGCUAAGUAACUUGUAAUUGUAAUAUGGUAAAAUUAGACAAAUAUCAUUCUUGUAAUGAAGUAACAGUUUUCAGUGUUGAUUUUUCACAUUAAAGCAGUGCAAAUUUGAGAAAGUGUUAAGAAUUUAUAAACCCUGCUCUGAGUUUUUCUUCUAGAACUUGGAGUUGAGACCUGUGUAACUAACACUUUCAUUAAGCCUUGGGACUGUUUGAAAUUACAGCACCUAACCACUGGUCAAGAACUUCAUUGGCAGAUAGCACUGUGAACUAUUAGUGUUGCUGAGCUAAAUUUAGCCUCUAAAAUAAUUUUUUUUAAAUGAGGGAGCAUCAAGUAUUUUCUUAAAUAAUUUACUUGAAACAACAACGGAGUAAAAGAAGCAAUGAGGGUGGCCACGCCUCUGAAUACUUGUCAUUUGCACCGCUCCUGCCGGGCUAGGCCGCAGGGUGCCCUCUUAACCCACCCAGUGAUAGUAAGCAAUUACCAAGAAAGAUAUAGCUGUGGAAAAUUGACCCAGAAACCUAAAGAUUGUCACAGGAAGCUGAACAACACAAUAAAUCUUGCGUUUCUUAUGGAAAAGCAAACUUACCUAAAAUUCAGGCACUUCUUUUUCGAACCUCAUGGCGCUACAGAGUUUUGUAUGUUCAAUGUUUUUUACUGUUUUACAAAUCGAAAGAAAAUAAAGACGUCUGAUGUAAGC